AUGAACGCCUAUUGUGUUAUGGAGAGUGGAAAGAAGAAAGCUCGUACAUCGUCCGUUGAAGGAAGUGGCGAAAUAUCUUGGGGGGAACAGUUUGUUUUUCACAGAACUUCUCACGCACAAGAUUUCGCGAUAGAACUCUGGAAGGAUCGCAAGUUCUCGAGAAAUCUCAUACUGUCUCGUAUCCGUUUUGCUGCCCCAGUCGAUAAUGAUAUUCGUGAGCUCCUUCUGAAGCUGAAUGAUUCGUUUGGGAGAUCUAUCGGUUACUUAAGGGUUAUUGUUGCCGCCUUUGAUGAUCCAAUGUACUUGUAG